UUUUGAAAUACGUUAACCAGGAAGUAAGAGCAUGACCUGAUUGUUGUCGUACUGAAAGCGUGGUAGGUUAGUUAGGGGUUGUAAAGGCUCUGACAUGUAGUAUAAGCAGUAAAAACAUUCCCACGAUGGCUCUGGUCUGUUUCACUAAGCAGCUGCUCAGGUUUAAUUCAAUAGGAAAGUACACAAAGCGAGGAAUUAGGACUUUGUCGAAGCACGAGCUCAGGAUCCUGACUCCCAGCCGUGCACGUGCAGCUCCUGUUUACCAAACCUCGAGAUGCCAAAGAAACUUCCAUCCAACAAACUCGGCAAUGGUCACAAAGAUCAUGACUGCGGAUGAGAUGUUUAACAGGAAAUCCCUGCAGGACUAUCUGAGGUCACAGGAAACGGAGUAUAACGAGUGUAUGAGGGCUGUCAAUUCGGCACGCGCACAAACAGACGAUGAGGAGCUGAGAGCAAAAAGGGCAAAAGGGACUGAUUUAGCACCUCUGGUCCAAAAGAUCAAGGAGCUGGAAUCAAAACAGAAGGAUUUUGACGAGACCGAGUCAUUACUAAAAGAAAAUGACCCUGACAUGCGCGAGCUUGCAGAGGCAGAAAGGGAGCACUGUCUGGCAGCCAUGCAAGAAUUAAAACAAACGAUUCUCUCUCUUCUCAUCCCCGAGGAAGAAGCAGACAUGAGCGAUCUGGUCCUAGAGGUCACUGCUGGGGUUGGAGGUCAAGAGGCCAUGCUUUUUACAGCAGAGAUAUUUGACAUGUAUCAGAAUUAUGCUGCUUUCCACGGCUGGGGCUUUGACAUGCUGGAGUACAUGCCAAGUGAUCUAAGGGGUGUACGACAUGCCUCAGCCAGCAUCAGUGGCCCACUGAGCUAUAAAAAGAUGAAGUUUGAAGCAGGCGUCCAUCGAGUCCAGAGAGUCCCGAAGACAGAAAAACAGGGCCGAAUGCACACCAGCACUAUGACGGUGGCAGUAUUGCCACAGCCUACAGAGAUCUCUUUUACAAUUAACCCCAAAGACCUGAGGAUUGAAACAAAAAGAGCCAGUGGAGCUGGAGGACAACAUGUUAACACAACUGACAGUGCUGUAAGGAUCGUCCAUUUACCAACAGGCACAGUGUCAGAGUGUCAGCAGGAGCGAUCUCAGAUCAAAAACAAAGAGAAGGCCAUGAAGGUGUUGAGGGCCAAGCUCUAUAGUGCAAAACUGGAAGAGGAGACAAGCAAGAGAUACCAGGCCCGCAAACUCCAGAUUGGCACCAAAGGCAGAUCAGAAAAAAUAAGGACUUACAACUUUGCACAAGAUCGGGUCACCGACCAUCGGAUUGGGAAAACUGUGCAUGACGUACAGGGAUUUUUAUUAGGGGAGGAGCUGCUGGACGAGAUGAGCGUGUCUCUGCAGCAGUUUUCAGAACAGGAAACCCUCAUGGACAUUGUUGAAGGACACCAAUACUGAACAGAUAUUCCUCAUGCUUUUUAAAUUCUGUCCUAUAUAUCUGCACUGAAAGAUCUCUAAAGGAUGGCACUGACAACGCUAAACCCCGAUGUUCUAAAUCCUUCUGAAUGUUUCAAAAGAAAAAGCCUGAAGGACCUGAAGUCAGGAUGAAAAUUCCAGAAAAUUUGAAUCUGGAAUGACUUGAUUUCCCAGAUUCUAGAUUACUAGUAGCUUAAUAUAAUAGAUUACUAUAUUUAAAAUCUCAGUGUGCUAUCAUUAAUCAUAAUAAUCUUAUGUCUACCACCAAAAACAGAAGCAAGUGGCCAAACCAUCAAAGCAUAAAUCCAGUAAAUCUGGUUCAGCAAAAUGUUUCACAUUGAGUAAAACAGAUCAUAAACAGGCCCAGGGUUGUGGUCAUGGGAACUGUCUUUUGUCAUGUUAAGCAUUAGACUAAAUGGCACUGGAUACGCUUUGUGAGGGUGACCCUUUGACUAGUCUGUAGUUUUGUUGGAAAAAGGUGUUGGAAACAUUGAGAAUCCUAUUCUAAGCAGAGAAACCUUUAUCAGGCACUUUCUACAUUCCAUCUUGAGGUGUGAAAUACCUUAGUAAUGGGUCUUAACUCUCAUGCAAGCCUGUCUCUGUAAGUGUAACAAUAGCAGAAGGACAUUUAAAACAUCUGUAAAUGACUUCUAGAGCUCCAACUGUUUAAGAAAAUUCCUCUGUAGUUCACUACAGAAAAUAUAGUUAGUUCAUUGUUUAAUACAUAAAACAUGUUUUUUUGUAGCCUUGAUUUUACAGUGCCUUGCAAAAGUAUUUAUACCCAC